AUGAAGUACACAGUUGCCGUCCUCAGCGGCCUGAACGCCCUCGCCGCCGCCUCUGGUCACCAUUGCGGCACUGUGCCCAAUGACAGAGUCCGGGAGAUGCACGCCAACUACGCCGCGGCCUCUGCCGAGUCCCGGCUCCUCGGCCUGAGCGACAUUACCGCCCGUGCCAAUUACGAGAUCCAGACCUUCUUCCACAUCAUCACCGAGGACGACACCGAGAGCGGUGGCAACAUCUCCCAGGACACCAUCAACAAGCAGUUUGACUACUUCAACAAGGCCUAUUCUGGCACUGGCUUCUCCUUUGUCCUCAACGACACGAAAUGGAUCAACGAGCCCAGCUGGCGCCAGCUGACCUACGAUUCCUCGGAGUCACUUCAAAUGAAGGGCAAGCUCCGCCAAGGCGACUAUGGAACGCUUAACGUCUACGUGACAACCCUUGACUCUCAAAAGAAGGAUAGCACCCUUCUCGGAUGGGCCACCUUCCCGGAGAAAUCGCCCACUCAGGCCCAGCGCCAGAAGGACGGCGUCGUCAUCAACCAAGUCAGCCUCCCCGGCAUGUCGCUUUACGGCCGCACCCAGGUCGGCGGCACGCUGGUCCACGAGACCGGCCACUGGCUCAGCCUGCUCCACACUUUCCAGGGCCCCGACAACGCCGCCGACGACGACGAGCUCGCAGGAUGCCGCGGUUCCGGCGAUGAGAUCUACGAUACCCCCGCCGAGGGCAGUCCCUCGAGCCGUUGCCCCAAGGACCGGGAUACCUGCACGGGAACCCUUGAAUCCAACAACAAGUCGUCGAUGCCCGGCCCGGACCCUGUCCACAACUACAUGGACUACUCUGAUGAUUACUGCAUGACUGAGUUCACAAAGGGUCAGAUGGAGCGUAUGCGCCAGACCUGGCCCGAUACCCGUGGCAAGUAA